AUGGGCACUGUGCUGAGCCUUUCACCCAGUUACCGGAAAGCCACUCUCUCCGAGGAUGGUUCAACCACAGUGGGGCAUUAUACUGCAGUCCAGAAUAGUAAGAAUGCCAAGGAUAAGAGCCUGAAGCGCCACUCUAUCAUUUCAGUGCUGCCCUGGAAACGCAUCGCAGCUGUAUCUGCCAAAAAGAAAAACUCCAAGAAGGUGCAGCCCAACAGCAGUUAUCAGAACAACAUUACACACCUCAACAAUGAGAACCUAAAGAAAUCUCUCUCCUGUGCCAAUCUAUCCACCUUUGCCCAGAACCAGGGCAGUCAGCCUACAGCUCCAAGCCACCAAAUUUCCAGUUCCAAGGGCACCGUUUCCUCUGUCAAGAAAACACCCCACCCCAGCUGCAACUCAUCUGGCACCCCCAAAAGGGUCCUUGUCCAAGCCUCAACCAGUGAGCUGCUAAGAUGCUUGGGGGCAUUCCUCUGUAGACGCUGCUACAGGCUGAAGCACCUUUCCCCCACUGAUCCAGUGUUGUGGCUUAGAAGUGUGGACCGAUCUCUCCUCCUGCAAGGCUGGCAAGACCAAGGCUUCAUCACUCCAGCCAAUGUGGUCUUUCUGUACAUGCUUUGCCGGGAUGUCAUUUCAUCUGAAGUAGCCACGGACCAUGAUCUUCAGGCUGUCUUACUUACCUGCCUCUAUCUCUCCUAUUCUUAUAUGGGCAAUGAGAUCUCCUACCCUCUCAAGCCCUUCCUGGUGGAGAGCUGUAAAGAGGCAUUUUGGGAUCGUUGCCUCUCCAUCAUCAACCUCAUGAGUCCCAAAAUGUUGCAAAUCAAUGCUGACCCACACUAUUUCACUCAGGUCUUUGCUGACCUGAAGAAUGAGAGCAGCCAAGAAGAGAAGAAUCGGCUGCUCAUUGGCCUAGAUCGGUGA